AUGCCGAGAAAGGAAAAAGCAAACCAUCGUUCUGAAUAUCAUCAUCAUCACAAGGCUCGGAAGGAGCAGAGACAAACACAAGAUUUGAAUCAUGAUGAUCCAUUGCCAUCACAGCAACAACCAAAAAAGAGAAAACUUCAACAGCAGGAUGAUUCGGCAAGAAAUGAUUCAGCCUCGAGCAGUAGCCGCAUGGCAACAACCACUCCGAAUGUAAAUCAAAAUAAUAAUCAAAAACGCGAUGAUAAUCGGAACACGAAAAAGAAAAACUAUGAACAAAAUUUAUUGAAUCGAAUUGAACGAGUGUUUGGUCAAUCUUCAUCAUCGUCGUCCCAUCAUGUAAAUAGAAAUGACCGAAAAAACAAGCCAAUAACACAAACACAGUCAACCCCUCCAACAAACAAAACAGCUUCUUCAUAUGCAUCAUCUUCUUCUAGUACGACCAUGAACAUUCCUGGUUUUUAUUUUGACGAAACAGCUAAUCGAUAUUUUCCAAUUCCAAAGAACGGUUUGGAACGUUCCAUUCUUAUUGGAAAUUCUAAAGACAGGAUGAAAAAUUUGCAAGAACAUGCAAGGUUGAAAGAAAUUGGAUCAUCACAGCAACAGCCAUUAUCAGCAACACAUUCCAACAAGAAACAUUUUAAUUCAUUUACCUCACAAAAAAACAAGAUACAUUCCUCAAUAGCCAACAAUGUAAAUAAGAAAUUUUCUAAUGUGCCUUCCAUUUUAAUGAUAGAAGAAUGCAAAACUCAAAAGAAAUAUCACACAAGUAAGGCCAUGACGAUAUUUAAAAGUCGCUUGAUGCAUCCAACAGCAGAUGCAAAAAAUUAUUACAAGCAUGUACAUCAUCGAAUGAAACAUUUUGAAAUUAGAGAAAAAUUUUCACCGUUGUGUGAAUUCACACAGAAAAGAAGAGAAGAUGGUGAUCACACACAGCUGCACACUGAAUUUACACAUUCCUUAAAUGCUGAUGAAAAACGAUUAACAAGUUUGGAAAGCGAAUACACAUCAAACAUGUGCCUAUUUACGGUGAAAAAAGUGGAUUUCAACAAACUACACAAUCAUUCGACACUCUCCUUUAAAGAUGAAGUUUGUAUAUUCUCGUCAGACACACAAAGAGAUUUGUGUCUUUCAGCAAUGGAAGGAAGACAUGGAGAGAGGCUCUUGACAACGUCGUUAUCCAGUCUCUCGUCUCCAAUCACAAACAUUUCUCCAUUUCACACGACUCAUAGAAACAAUUAUUCAGCACAAGAAUUUCAAUUUCUAGUGUCAUGCACUGGUCAUGCACAAAAUGCUGGAGUUCUCACCAAAUUUUCAGUAUUCUAUGAACAGGAUAUUCCAACACCCAGAAAUUCGAUCGAAGACUCCCAUUUGAGUGAAAAAUGCCAUGUUUCAUAUCAACACUUGUACAGUUGUCGAAAAAAGACAUUAUUCUGGCAUUCUGUCCAUCCAAAUAAGCGAUGGUGUGCAUUAGGAUUAAGCAAGGGAGGAGUGAUUAUUGAUUUGGAUAGAGCUUCAAGCGGUGACAGCAAGCAAUGUCAUAUUGGAUAUACUUCUAGUUACAGCUAUUCCGAUGUGCUAUUAACGUAUUGGAAUCCAUUUGUGACAGAGAGAGGAGAAUUAUUAUAUGCAAGAAGAGAUGGAAAUGUCAACUUGAUGGAUUGUCGAAUGAGAACAACAAGUAAUCAAAAUCGCCAACUUCAAACAUCCACUAUUGGAGAAAUUCAAUUUUCUCAAGGAUCAUUUAUCAGUGACUUGAAAUGUGUGAAUGAGUUUCAAUUUAUUGUAAAAAGUAUUGAAUCACCCAUUCAACAUUCUUCACAUCAUUACAGACCUCAAUUUCAAUUAUUUGACAAGAGAAAACUUUCACAGAGUCUUCUCAAUUACGAACUAGGAACUUCACUCGAACAAUCUCGCCUUGCCAUAAAUUCCAUCAAGGAAGAACGAGACAACAAAAUGUUUCUUUUUGACAAUUAUCAAUACAUGAUUUGUGGUGGAAUUACCAACUCGGGAAGUGUUUUGAGAAUUUGGGAUGUGUAUAAGGGAGGUGAGCCCGAGAUGACCAUUUUAGAUUUGCCUCAUUGCAAUGUGAGCAAUUUAUCAGAAACUCCAAAUGACUAUGAUGACUGUCCAUUCGUAUUGAUGGGAAUUCCUGGUCGUGAACAAUUAAUAUUAUUGAAACAUUGA